UUGCAAUACAGAGAAACGCUACGAAGAAUUUUUAUUAUUGAAUAUAAAGCCUACAUAUUGAUUUGAUGAUAUCUGGAAAAUCUUAAGUACCGAGAAAACCUAGGAUCUGCAUGUUAUGUGAUGACUUUGAGUUCCGGUUAACUCAAACUUCGGCGAGAGACCAUAAUGCAUGUUGGAAGUGAAAGAAUCAUCAUGGCUGCCCAGGAGUUGGAGAAAGCGUUGGCGCUCAGAAAUUCAAACAACCAAGCCGCCAUGGAUAUUCUACAGAGUAUAGUGAAGAGAGAUAUCGUGGACGGAGAUGAGGAGGCUACCAGAGUGAAGGAGCAGGGGAUUUUGGAGUUAGGCAGUCUGCUGUCCAAGACGGGGCAGGCAGAAGAGCUGGGAGGUCUGGUGAAGUACAUCCGACCUUUCCUGUCCUCCAUCAGCAAGGCCAAGGCUGCCAAACUGGUCAGGACCCUGGUGGACCUGUUUCUGGACAUGGAGGCAGGCACCGGCACAGAGGUGCAGUUGUGUAUAGAAUGCAUAGAUUGGGCGAAGCAGGAGAAACGCACAUUUCUGAGGCAGGCAUUGGAGGCAAGGUUAAUAGCCCUGUACUUUGACACAAAGAAAUAUGAGGAGGCUCUUGCACUGGGGUCCCAGUUGUUACGUGAGCUGAAGAAGAUGGAUGACAAGGCCCUGCUGGUGGAGGUGCAGCUGUUGGAGAGUAAGACGUAUCACGCACUGCAGAACAUUCCCAAGGCCCGCGCUGCGCUCACCUCCGCAAGAACCACAGCCAACGCCAUCUACUGUCCACCCAAACUCCAGGCACAGCUGGACCUACAGUCUGGGAUACUUCAUGCAGAAGAGAAGGACUUCAAGACUGCCUACUCCUACUUCUACGAGGCUUUUGAAGGGUUUGACUCUGUAGACAGCCCCAAGGCGGUGUCUGGGCUGAAGUACAUGUUACUGUGCAAGAUCAUGCUUAACAGCCCAGACGAUGUUCAGUCCAUCAUCAGUGGGAAGUUGGCCCUGAGGUAUGCUGGACCCAACAUCCAGUGUAUGAAGACUCUAGCUACAGCUUACCACAAUAGGUCCAUAUCCGAAUUCAAGAAGACCCUGGUGGACUAUUCCGAAGAGCUGAAAGACGACCCCAUCAUCCAGUCCCACCUGGACGACCUCUACAACAACCUUCUGGAGCAGAACCUGUGCCGCAUCAUCGAACCCUUCUCCAGAGUACAGAUUGAACAUGUAGCAAACAUCAUCAAACUGCCACUUCAUGUCGUGGAGAAGAAGUUAUCUCAGAUGAUUCUGGACAAGAAGUUUCAUGGUAUCCUGGACCAGGGAGAAGGUGUGCUGAUUGUCUUCGAUGAACCUCCUGUUGAUAAAACUUACGAGGCAGCUCUAGAUACUGUUCAGAGUAUGGGAAAGGUAGUGGAUUCAUUGUACAAGAAAGCCAAACGGUUGACAUAAGAUAAAAACUAUCACUUUUGAAGCUUUGUUAGAGAUACGCUGUCACUAUCUAAAUUUUGCUUACUAGCUAUCAGUUUAAGGCCAAAUACUUGUCCGACAUUAUUACAUAAUAAUACCCUUUCUGUGGGUCUAGUUCUAUACCUUUUACACUGGUAUGUGGACAUUUGUGUUUUGUGUUGUUUCUGCUUCCAUGUAAUGAAAACAGUAGGAUGAAAUUAAACAAUAUGUACAAAGCAUUAUUUACAGACUUUGUUUUGAGUGCAAAAUAAAGAAUUCCUGCAUACUCUCCAA